UUGCAUUUCAUUAUUAUGCAAAAAUUCCACAAAGAAAAUAGUCAAAAGAAUCAAUAUUAUUUUUUUUAUAAAGGAAUUCUAGUCAAAAAAAAAAAACCAGUUUUUGGGAAUCAAAGGCUUGACUGAUUGUUAUCUACAUAUACACUGAUCACAAGACUUAAUGAUACCCAUUUGAUCAUUACAUAUUCAAAGAAGAAGUUUUUCUUUUGAAAAACUUGAUUAAAAUUAUGGGCAUUUGCUUUUCUUCAUCUUCUUCCAAUGACCAAACUCCUACCACCACAGGCAAUCUCAGUUCAGUUGGCAUUUCACAGACCACCAUCAACAGCAGUACUACUUCAAAUUCAACAGCAUCAUCAGGAGCAAGCAGCAAAUUAUCGCGCGACAGCCAGUUUUCAGCAGCAAGCGGUGGUGACGCUGUCGGUCCAGAUGGCUCCAUAUUGUCACAUCCCAAUCUUAGGGUAUUUAGUUUUGCUGAACUAAAAGUUGCUACUAGAAAUUUUCGAAGUGAUACAGUUUUAGGCGAAGGUGGUUUUGGAAAGGUUUAUAAAGCCUGGCUUGAUGACAAGUCGAAUUCCAGUUCCAAACAGAAUGUAGUUGCUGUCAAAAAGUUGAAUUCUGAGAGCAUGCAAGGAUUAGAAGAAUGGCAGACAGAGGUGGACUUUCUAGGAAGGCUUUCUCAUCCGAAUCUUGUGAAACUAUUGGGAUAUUGUUAUGAGGGUACAGAGUUGCUACUUGUAUACGAGUUUAUGCAAAAAGGAAGCUUGGAAAACCAUUUAUUUGGAAGAGGUUCUACUGUUCAACCACUUCCAUGGGAUCUUCGGCUCAAGAUUUCAAUAGGAGCAGCAAGGGGACUAGCAUUCUUGCACACUUCCGAGAAGCAAGUUAUUUACAGAGAUUUUAAGGCAUCAAAUAUAUUGCUAGAUGGGUCUUAUAAUGCCAAAAUAUCUGAUUUUGGGCUCGCUAAAACUGGUCCAUCAGCAAGUCAAUCACACGUAACAACACGUGUUAUGGGUACUUAUGGCUAUGCUGCUCCUGAGUAUGUUUCUACAGGGCAUUUGUAUGUGAAGAGCGACGUCUAUGGUUUUGGAAUUGUGUUAGUUGAAAUGUUAACAGGAAUGCGAGCACUUGACACUCAGCGGCCAGCUGCCCAACAAAAUCUGGGCGAUUGGGUCAAACCAUACCUAGCUGACCGAAGGAAGUUAAAGACCAUAAUGGACUCACGACUCGAAGGAAGAUACCCGUCAAAGGCUGCAGGCCAAAUCGCUCAGUUAGCCCUCACAUGUCUUGGACCCGAACCAAAAUCUCGCCCAUCAAUGCAAGAAGUACUGGAAAAGCUUGAACAACUCGAUGCCAUAAAUGAAAGGCCAAGGGUACCUAGAGUACACAAUUCUGUCCAUCAAUCACCAUAUCGAAAUUCACAACCACCUUCAUAUCAUCGACGUUCUCCACAACCUCAUGCUACACUAGAAGGAAACCGUGGAAGUCGUCGCUCGCCAAAAGGGUGGUGAAAUUACAAUUUUAACCCAUGUGGAUUUAAUGUCUCAAGUGUUAUAUAUAGGUUUUUUUAUACACUUUAAGGCCAAGUACAUUGUUUGUAUAACUUUAAAGAGAUUAUUGUAGUUAGAGAUAGAUGUUUAAUCUAGUUUUUGUUAGUAUGAAUUAAAACAUACUUUUAUAA